AUGAGUUCCGGCGCAGAUAACGACUGGAAAAAGAAUUUAGGAUUUCCAAUAAACUACGACUCGGGACAAAGUACGGAUGAAGACUUAGAUACCAAGGAUGUCGUGAUGAGACAUCCGCGGCAGUCGUCCAAGUAUCUGCUGGCUGAAAACGGGGACGGAUCAGAAGCUGACCUGCUCGGAACAACUCCUCCACGAGCUCGCAUCAGGGAUAAGGAGAAGAGACGGAAUAUUUUUGAUUCUGGCUUAUAUAAACCAUUGGUGGAAGGGAAGAGCUUCGAAGAGUCACCACUCCCUCCAGAGCGUUUUAAGAAGCGAACCAGUCUCAAACUUAUAAGGACCAAAGAACGUGACUGGAAGGAUGGACAACGGGAGACACGAGCUGAUUCGUUACCCUCACCCAGCCCUCAAGCAGCUGUUCCUACUUUGGUGGAGUCUUGCAAUCGCUUCAUGUCCCUCACGUCACGUCUGAAAUGCAAAGAAGAAUGUGAGGAGGUUCAAGAGAGGCAUCAAGAUGACGAGCUGCCGGCCAGCAGGGUGAACUUCCACAGCACGUUCAGCAUGCUCAUAAACAUGGGGAACAUUGAUAAGGGAUGCAGGAGAACUAUCAGCCAUGAGGAGCAAGUGUGGCAGAACGAAUUGAAGGACCUCAUCUGGCUGGAGCUGAAGGCGAAGCUGGCUGGGAGGACGCUGGCAGCCCAGGACGAGGAGCUGUGUGUGAGGAGGAGCCUCGUGCCUGGGAUCGUGCAGAGGAUCAAGGAGUACAAGUUUGAAAAUCCCACCCCGUGUAGACAUCGCGCUCGGAGACUGGCGACUGUUGACGACUCAGCUGAAGAUUCACAGAAAACUGAUGAAGCACCCACCGAGAAUGAGGAGGACUUCAUAUGUAUCUGUAUCGACUGCACGUCGUGCACGGCGGCUGUGGGCGCGGCCAUGAGGCAGGUGUCGUCUCUACUAGAGGCAGUGGACUCGGCCGUGGAGCUGUACCCGUCCAGCUGCGCGGCCGCCGCGGACCACCCCGCGCUGUUCGAACCAGAGGUCACCAACAGACUCAAGGCGAUGUGUCUGUGGUACAACACGGCGCUCCACAUGCGACUCAAAGUGAUGUCCGUGAGGCGCAUGUUACGGACCGUGAGGGAGAAGACCAGGAGACAUUACAACGAUACUAGCAGCAGAAAAUCAUCUGUUGUUCAACGACCGUGUCAAGUCCGUUUCAACGUGAGCGCUAGUCCCAGCGACUCCAACAACAGCGACGCGAGCGGGAACUCCGACAACAGACAAGACAAACAUACAGACGGAGACGGAGAGAAGGAGAGGAGUGAGAGAGAAGACGGAGAGAAAGGGAGAGAUGUUGUUGAUAGUGGAUACUCAAGAUCAGACGCGGACACGCCCGAGGUUAUAGUGUCGGACCCGUACAGCACCAGCGACACCACCGUGUCCAACGAGUCAGGAUACACGUCGGAGGUCGAUGACCCCGCGGACGUGUUCGAUCUGGGUGGGCUGCACGACGUGGCGCAGCUCAGGCUCAUGGGAAGGACGGACGUUUCCGCCUACCGCGACUACCACUACGAGAUGCUGAAGACUCAGGGCGUGCGGCGCUGUAUGACGUUCAUGAACAAGAUGUGCAACAAACUACUGAACAAGGUCCACCUCACGCUCAUGGACCCGCAGGAUACAGACGACCAGCGGGACGCGGGCCAGGGGAGUGACAAGAACAACUACGAGUUUAGGAGAUACGGUUGUUGGUCGGAGGAGACAUUGUCUAUGAGGCUCCCGUCGUACAGGAACCACUUCCUACUACUGACCACCAUUUCCAUGGAGGCGGUGCACGACUACCUCACCAUGAGGCUGGACGGACGGCCCGACCACCCCUCAUGUCUCACAGUCAAACAGCUGAUCCACGAGCUGAAGGAGGGUCUGGAUAUAGCGGCGGAGACUCGCGCGUCCUUCGCCAGGAACGUGCAGGCGGCGCUCAGGCGGGCCAGGGUCGCGGAGACGGCCCGAGGGGAACUAGCUCAUGUACUACACACCUUCGAUAACACGGUCGAGAAAGCGCUACAGCAAUACCUGUCGUACCUCAGCAAGAUGUCUGAGACGGAGCCUCUGAGCCGAGCUCGUCUGUCGGCCGAGUGGAGCUUCACCAGCAGGCUGGCAGCGCGGGCGCCCCCUGCCGCAUACCUCGCACCACCAGCCUUCGCGGACAUGGCGUGUAACCAGCUGAAGCAGGUCCUCAACAGGUUCGAGGAGAAGUUCCAGCAGGUUAUGGACGUGGAGCAGAGCGAACACUCGGAGGCCGAGGAGAGGUACCUGGUGUACGCCGUGUGUCGUGAGACCCAGUUCAUCUACUCCAGCGAGCGUGAGGCGGCGCUGCAGGCGGCGCAGUGGGCGAGGUCGCUGGCCGCCAGGAUCGCUCACACACACAGACAACACUAUGAUAGGAUCUUUGAAUGUCUGAUGGCCAUCCGUGAUUGUUUGGUUCGUCACACGGACAUCAUACUGGAGAAGAGCAAGCCUCUGACUGUGGAGAUGCCCAGGGACGUGCGGGAGUCACUCGGGGGCAGGGUGAGGGAACUACUGCUGCAGGUCUACAAGCUGGGCUUCGAGCUGCACAUGGAGCUGCACAGGUUCGCGACCCCCGCCCGCCCUGUACCACGACGCCCGGUGUCACUACAACCGGCGCCGCCCAGCCGACCGCAGCCUACCGCCGCCCGCCCGGGGACUAUGCUGAUAAACACACACAUGGUACGAGGGAACGAGAAGGAUAGACAGAGAGAGAGAGGGAGGUCACAGUAG